GCAUGGGGCUGACGAUCAGUGUGGACGACUUCAGGCGCGCCGUGCUGAUGCCACGGGAGCUGCUGGCGGGCGUGCUGCUGCAGUACACGGUGAUGCCAUGUCUGGGGGCGCUCAUCGCUCGCUGUCUGCCGCCGCACCUCUCUGCCUUCGCCACUGGCCUUGUUCUCGUAGCCUGCUGCCCCGGCGGCACUGCCAGCAACAUCGUCACCUUCCUUGCGCGGGGCAACGUGGCUCUCUCUGUUCUCAUGACCACAUUCAGCACUCUGCUAGCCGUGGUGAUGACGCCUCUGCUCACCUCUCUGCUGGCUGGUCGCUUCGUGCCCGUCAAUGGAGCUGCUCUCUUCAUGUCCACCCUGCAGGUGGUGAUGCUGCCUGUGUUCACGGGCUGCCUGCUCGCACGUCUCUUUCCCACAGUGGCGCGCCACCUGGCGCUCUUCUCGCCUGUGCUGGCGGUGCUGACAGUGACGCUCAUCGUGGCGGGGGCCAUCUCCGGCUCCGCCGCCACCAUCCGUGGCGCUGCGCUGCCGCUGCUGCUCUGCGUGCUCGCACUGCACGGGCUCGGCUUCGCCCUCGGCUACCUGCUGCCGCGGGCUGUGCUGCGCCUCGAUGAGUCUUCCAGCCGCACCAUAUCCAUUGAAGUGGGCAUGCAGAACUCGGUGCUGGGGGUGGUGCUGGCCAUGCAGCACUUCCCCGACCCGCGUGUGGCAGCGCCCUGUGCCGUCUCCUCCGUCAUGCACUCCCUCUGCGGCAGCCUCCUCGCCGCCGCCUGGCGUGCCACGCCCGCCAAGGAGGGUGGCGGGGUGGCACAAGCAGCGACUUGA